AUCCAUUGGAAAUGAUGGCUUCAAGGGUAGACAAUAUCUCGAUAGUUUUUUUGUUAAGCUUUCUUUUGGUGAGCCAUACUCAUGAGGCUGAAUCAACUUGGGAGUUGUCGAGAAAGGAAGAAUUCCAAUUUGAGCAACAACUUAUAAAUCUUAAGAAGUCCGCAAUCAAAAGCAUUCAAACGGAUGGAGGCAUAUACGAUUGUAUUGACUUCUAUAAACAACCAGGAUUUACUCACCCUUUUUGGAAGAAUGCCACAUUUCAGAUGAAACAUAAAUUAUUUAUGGAAGCAAUGAGAACCAGUGGAAAUUUACCACCGAGUAUUGGUCUAAAGGAUGGAGGUUGUCCUUACGGAACAGUUCCAAUUAUGAGAAUUGAUGAAGAUGGCUUGGCAAGAGCCAAAAUGAAUACAAAGAUCAUGUAUCUGUCAAAUAUAAAUGAAGAACCAGGAUAUCAUUAUGCAAUACUUCAAACAAAACCUGCUCUAACUAGGAAGAUUGAGGGAAUUCAAGCAUCCUUCAGUGCCUACAACACCAAAGGAGUUGAUGGAUUGCAACACAGUUCAUUUCGCAUGAUGCUUUCAAACGGUCUUGACAGUAUAAAAACAGGAUUUACGGUAAAUCCACUGCUAUUUAAAGACGACAAAACUCGUCUAUUUACACAUGUCGUGAUGGACGGGAGAACACAAUGUUUUAACAACCUAUGUCCGGGAUAUAUACACCUCGAUCCACAGAUACCUCUAGGUUGGCCAGUCGAUACCAUUUCAAUUGUCGACGGAGAGCAAUAUUCCAUAAAAUUGCAAGUGCUUAAGGAAUAUAUAGGUAGAGGGCCAAAUACAACAGAAUUUGUGUGGACAUUACGAUUUGAACUAGAGAAUACCAUACUCGGUUUUUGGCCAACGAGUAUAUUCAGCAAAUUGAGUGAGUUUGGUGACUACGCUGAUUGGGGAGGAGAAGUUUACAGUCCGUUGGAUCAACCAAGUCCUAUUAUGGGUACCGGCAUCCGUCCACUAAGAUACCAAUGGUCCACGGCACGCUCAGCACAUAGUCAUUUUGUUGCAAUUGCAUAUGAAGAUUCGCAAUCUGAAUUUGAGAAUCCCAACGAUACAGAGGUGUAUGAAUCUGAUCCAGAAACAUACAGUAUUUUAGAUAUUGGUGUACGUAAGGAUAAAGGAUCAGACUAUUUGAUUGUAUAUGAUGGCCCAGGUGGAAUAAAAAGUAAUUAAACUAAUUGUAAUCAUGUCUGCUUUAAUUUUGAAAUAAAAUCAAUUA